AUGGCGCCUACGAUUCAAAACUUAGCCCAAAACGAACCAAUGGCACCUGACGUCCAGAGCGAUAGCCCCCAAGCACGCCAAAUUUCGGACAAGAAAAGGCCAAAAUGGUCCCCAGAAGAAGAUGUUCUGAUCAUCGAGCUUCGGCAGCGCGGAAUGGCGUGGGGAGAUAUCAGCAAGGAACUCCCCGGGCGAAGUGCACUCAGCUGUCGCCUGCACUACCAGAAUUACCUUGAGAGGCGGAGUGAGUGGAGCGAGGAUCGCAAGACCAAAUCGAAGUCGCAAAUGUGGGCGAAAAUUGCAGAGGAGAUGUCCAUCCCCUGGAGGGCCGUUGAAGCUAUGCACUGGCAGCUAGGAGAACAAGAAAUGGCGAGACGAGCUAGGACAGUUCCGUUCUUAUUCUCUCAACCCGCGUCAAAACCUCCCCGAGUGUCACGCUCACGUCCCGUCCGGCUCCCUCCCUUUGCAGAACUCGACGCCGCAUCCCAAACAUAUGGAAGUGAUCUGCCAAAUUCCACGGAAUGGAACCGCAGGCACGCAGAUACUCUCCCAACGAUGGGUCGUCCUUCAACGGGAGAUUGGACAUGGAGGGCGUGA